ACCGCGUGCCGCGCGUGGGGUACGUGCGCUCGUUCGAGGUGCGCGAAUGCGUCGAAGUCGCGAUCGAUCCAUCAGUGCUCGAGUAAUCGAAGGUUACUCCGUUCCUCUGAUGCGCGAUCCAUCGUCGGCGGAUCCGAGAAACGUUAACGCGUGACCGCGAAGUUUCAUCGGCGGUCACGGGAACGAGAUCUCAACUGGAUGUGUGGCAAUCGGGCUCGACGCGAGCGGGAACGGACGCUUGCCGUGACGAGUCGCGUGCCGCGACAAGCUCGUCUCAAAUGCUGCAGCCGCGCCGGGCCAGGCAAGAGCUGGCGAUUACGUCGCCAUCGGCGCCAUCGACGUCGUCCUCGCGUCGUCCUCUCGAUGACCGUCGCUUCUUCUCGCUUGUCAGUUUGAUCGGACAAUUCGGAACCUUCGAUCCGAGCCUUCGCCGAACCGCUUCGUCGGCGAUGCGCGCACAGGAGGCUGUGCGUAAACGGCACAGCUGUCGCGCCUUGUGAAAAUGAAACGAGGUUCUUUCAUGGGGAAAAUAAAAGAAACCGGACGGUGGGGUCACCCUCGUGUCUCGAAUCGCGCGACGAUCGAAUGGGACUAUCGCGUAUCAUUAUCAUUGUGUGACCAUGAUCGUGAUCAUCCGAGUCCCAUCAGUGGAAUACUGUAAAUUGCCGGCCGCGCGACUGUCACUUCCGUGAUUAGACUGACGCUCGAGAUUGAGGAGCGAUCCCAUAAGAAAUCCAGCAGGAGGGAAGAUAAAAGACGAGAUCUGCGUUGCAAAUUUGCGAAACUCACUCUUUCGCGAAAUAAAUGUCGGCGAUGUGUCCAUGACACUUCGCUACCGACCGCGUUGAUCAUGGUGAUUCGUGAGAUCUCGGGUUUUGGCGAAACGAGAAUAGAAGGAAGAAAUAAUUGAACGGUAUUUAUACCGACGUGUGUAUUUCUUUGUAACGAAAAGUCGAAGGAGGAAAGUGUCACUCGUCGUCUCGAAAGAACAAAUAGAUUUCUACGCGUGCGAGAAACGUAAUGUGAUUGAGCGAAUGUUUCGAGGCCCGGUGCGACGUUUUGGAUUUUGACUUUGAAAACGGAGGGAGAAUGCUACCGCCAGCAGCCAUGCACUUGGAACAGAGAAUAAACAACGAUGGACCAGGGCAAGGGAGAGGUCCGCAACGAGGUAGUCAACGAGCAGUUGGUCAAACAGUGAGUAGAUUGCGGAACCCGUCCAGAAUUGAAACCAACGCGGCAGCUAUGGCUGAUGCUAGAGCAAUAGCUACAGCCGCGGUAACCGCCACUGCCACGACUGGAUUGGAAGCUGUAGCCGCUGCUGCAGCUGCGGUGGCAUCUCCGGCCCUAUUGCCAUCAAGCGAGGAGGAGCGCAGUGGAUCGUCCGAGACUGAAACGCUCAGCACCUCGCUUCACCAUCGCGGCAGUCGCCGCGAUAUCACUUCUCUUCACGAUGCUUCAGGUAUCAGGAAACGGCGUGGAAAUCUCCCGAAGGAGUCCGUCAACAUAUUGAAGCUUUGGCUCUACGAACAUCGAUACAACGCGUAUCCCAAUGACACCGAGAAGGAAUGCUUAACGAUGCAAACGCAUCUGACCACCCUUCAGGUGUCCAACUGGUUCAUAAAUGCCAGACGACGUCUUCUGCCCAAUAUGAUCCGCGAGGACGGAAAAGAUCCUCAAAUGUACACGAUCUCUCGUAGAACUCGUGUCCCUCGCAUGCAUGCUGGUGAAGUGCGCGAAACUUCACCUAACACGACCACAGAAUUCCCGGAUUCUCAAACUGAAACGGCUCAAUCCAUAAGGAAUACUACGACCAUGAUGAGUGGAAGCGAAGGAAGUCCGAACGAUUAUGAGAGCAGUCCGACUGAUGAUCACAGUGAGGAGGAGCACCUCUCGACGCAAUGGCCAAAUGUAAUCGUUCGCCCUUACGCAGAUAUAGAUAUCGACGAAGGAAAUUCGUUGCUCACUUCCGAGCAUUCUUCCACUGAAAGGACUGACAUUUGCACCUGCGAGCUGAGCGACAUCGAACCUGCUGCGUACUGGAGCGCUCCGCGACAACAUCAAAUACAGCACAUCUACGAGGAGGAGCAGCGAUGUAUGCAGGAGUACAUCGAGAAAUACCGUAAUCGCGAUUCUUUAUUUGAUAAUAGUAAUGUCCUCAUGCUCGCAUUUGUCGCCGCGAUGCUAAGCAAAUAUGAACUGGUGUGUGUCAGGUGUUGUGGCAAGAGAAUCGGGAAGCCGCGGGACAAGAGGUAGUAAAGACAAACGAUCUGACAGAUUUCUACGGCAUCAUUAUUUUAGAAAACCUCAAUAGAAUUUGCUGUAGUGCCGUCGCCAUUGACACAGCGGUAACACUCCCUGCAUCAGCUUUUACUUUAGUACUUCAUCGAAAUCACAAAUAGAAAGAAACGACAGAUCAUCAUUAUAUUGGAUUCGCAUUGAAUGAGGGAAUAGAUUAAUGUUCUUUGCGUAGUUCUAGUCCAACUAGUUCGACGCGACGGACAUAACGACGCAUUUAUAGUCGCAUCCUUGUCUUAACAUGUUUCCCGGGCGCCCUGCGACACCCCGAAUUUUCGGAACAAAAAAUCUCUUCUCGUAACACUUAUACGAUUGCAAUAUUAUUAAAAACGGAGAAUAAUGUAAUUUAUUAUUUACGUAAAAACGUAAAAAAUAAUAAACUACAACUAUUUAAAAAAAGACUUGAAUUUUUGCUAUAAAUUUUGCUACAAAUUUUAUAAAAAAGUUGUGCGACGAAAAAUCGGGGGUAAAGGGGGGAUGUUAAGACAAAUCUUGAAUACUUUUGUACAAGGUGAACACAAAUAUAUCAUGAUAACUCAGGUUUUUACGUUUCCACGAACGAUAACACAUUUACUCGGUAUUUCUGCCGAACGAAUUUGCAUAAAUGUAAACUAAAACAAUGUAUAUUAAUUAUGCGAUAGAAGCGCGUAACGUUCGGCUAUGUAUUAUUAGUAGUCAUUUCGAUGGGGGAUUUCGGUAGACUUAUAUGAUGCAAGGGACAAAAUGGUGCCUGCAAAGUCCGCAAAGAUUUUUAUCUAACUUGAGAUACUUUUAUACUUGGAAAGGCGGCACAGUUCGGCGUAGAAAUAGCGUGUUACAUAUCGCAAUUGAAUUUAAACUUUGCUUUUUGCGCGGAACUCCGAAACGCUAUUGCUAGAUCAUUCGACAUCGACAAAUUAUCGAUCGAUCGCUCAAUUAUUAUCACUUAUACAUGUAAACGCACUCUGUACUUAUAAUACCUCAUAGAUUCCGCUUCGCGACGUAACGGUAUCGGCAUAGCAACCCUCAAGAAUUCUUUCAAAAGGUUCUUUGAGCUCUUAUCGCCGAGCAAAGGUCACGCAUCUGUCUGAUACCUGAAAUUCAAGACGGGGUAAUUACAUCUCAAACACAAAGAGAAAACUUGCCUCGAUGUUGUUCCUACUAAAUACAAUGAUGACAAAUGACGAUUGCGGUUGUACGACCGAGAGAUUCGAGAAGCAGAACGGCAUAAUUCCUUUCAAAUAUACGUAAGCAUUGAACAGACUGUAAAAUCAAGCAUCGAAUCAAGCACGUCAUCAAAAUCACGAAAAACUAAGCAAGAGAGACUAGUUCAACGAGGCGAACAUAUUGACACAUAAUGUGCAUAAGCAUAAUGUUAUCAUCGAUAUUGCUCCUUCGAAAUUGAAAUCCUGAAGUGCAUUAGAAAAAUAUCAUCGAUGCUCUGGGAUACAAAAAAAGUUAAUGAGGAAGAUGAUUCCAUGUUAUCUUGCAGAUCAACUGUGCAAGUUGAUAUUUUAAAGAAAGGAUCAAUAAAGAUCAGUAGUAAGAAGAAUGAUUCCGAGAUCACAUAGUUCCAGAAAUUUUCAAGAAAUCAUGCACGAUACUCGUCUCGCUGCGAUGCUUGCCGUCCAGGCUGACCUAUAGGAUCCUCCGUCUUCCACUUUGAGAUGUCUACGAGAUGUUGAAACGGCAUUGAUCAGUCGGAAUGAAGACAUUAAUUUAUUGAGCCACCGGAUGGAUGCCCGCACCGAAGGAUAUACCGCAACGAGAAAGAGAGGAAGAGGAAUUUUUUCUAUUGAAAAACCAAUUAAAACCAACUGUGCCAAAGUGCUAGCCGAUUAUCACGAACUUUUGCCUUAUUAAGAGAAUUAAGUCUGAUUAUAUAAGCAAAAAAUUACAAAAAAAAGAUAAUAAAACAAAAGAUGAAAAAGUAAAAGAGAAGAACUGACUUUACGAGUACAAAAGUAUAUUUACUCCUUGAAUUAUCGAGGAAUGAGUGCACGACCGAACGGAAAAUCUAUCUAUCCGUCGGGACUGCAGAUAGAAAGAAGAUUCUAGCAAUAGCGGUUCUCAAAUCCUUUUUUCAACUCUGAUUUUUACAUACACGUAUAUGUGUAUUCACGCGAUAUCUCGAGAUUUAUUUUACCUUUAUAUCGUGUCCGAGAACGCGUUUAUACAUGUAGUCACUAUAAACUUUAGGAAAAAUUCCACAAAAAGAAAGAAAGAAUGCGAGGUGGAAACCAAAAGACUGCGGGAUGUCAAUUUUGCAGCUGAGGGCGUACGCACAAGCGCCAAUAGUUGUUAGUUUAACACAUAGACCUAAAGAAUGGACUGCGCGAUCCCUCUUUUAUUUGUGUUCUAUUGUUCGAAACAAAGUCCUAAAACAUGAGUGAGAUAGCAAAUGGUCGUGGAUGUUUUCUGUCUCUAUCUAAUUAGAUAGAGCAAUUGCUGAAUCCUAACUAAGGGCCAAAGUAGUCGUAGUCGUAGAUCGCUACGCCAUGUUUGUGCUUUGGCCCUAAGGUUGCGUUCCGAUAUUCACUGCCAGUACUGAAAAUCUAUAGUGUAUGUCACGCGAACUAUAGAUUUUCAGUACUGGCAGUGAAUAUCGGAACGCAGCCUAAAAAGAGACAGAUAUUAGCUGCGGGCGCUAUCCUUCUUGCACUUGGGCUUGCACACUUUUGUUUUGUCGCGCAGUCGAUACUUUAGGUUUAUGGUUUAACAACUCAGUUGCUGUGCGCCAUAGCGUAAUGCGUUAUAAUAGCGAAUUCCGGGAACGAACCUUUUUAGAAAUAGACAAUUGACAGGGUAGUUUACAUUAGUCACUAAUGUAGACUUUUCAUACAUCACUCAUAUAAUUUCAUUGUUCCACUAUCUGACAAUAUCUCAAGCUUUUCAGUUAGAAUAUUUUUGACUUUUGCUUUAGACCAAGGUUUCGAAUUUUUCUCGCUUUUUUUCAGAACUAGAAACGUAUCUGUCACAUUCAUUGAAAGAAAAUGUCUAAAAGACUUUUGCAAAAAUGCGAUGUAACAGUUUGAAAAGAUCUUUAUAUACCUCUCAUAAAUACUGUCAGUAAAAUUCGUACACACAUAAUAAUGAAAAAAAACUUGUUUUUACUCCAGAUACUACGUGAUAAAAUAUCAUCGAUGCUUUGCAAUAUAAUAGAGAUUUCAUAAGGAAGAUCAUCUUUCAGGUCGAUUGUCAUGUGCCCGGAUUGAUAUAUCAAUACAAUCGCAUUUAUCCCCUGUCGAUGGAACGUACUGCAUCUAAAAAUCAAAAUCGCGAAUGCCGCUCGCGCAAAAUAUAUGUGCCAGGAUGAUGCAUUUCCGCGCGAAUCGCGCUUGAAACCAGUUGAAAUUUUCUCGUCUUAUCGUUUCGACUAAGAGCAAAUAAUGAAAUUGAAAUUUAAUUUACGAGAAAAAGCUUUAUAUAUAAGCACAGUAGAAAGCAUUGUUUAAGAACGAAGCGCACUAUCUCUAAGAGAAGAGUACGCAAUGACCAAAGACUUAUCUAUUAUAUGUACUAAUUACUAAAUAGGUAAAUUACGCCGAUCGCUCCGUUAGACGAAGUUUUCCUGCGUGUAUAUUCGAGUGCGAAAGAAAGAGAGGAUGUGAGGGAGAAAUGAGUUGACUAUGCAUGCCCCCUGCUGAAGGAAGUCCCAUCGAGCUCUCUGUCCCAGCUCGCGAAUCAUCAUGCGAUGAGCCGGCAUGCAUUCCGCCUAAGAGGCAAACGUUAUUAUCAGCAAAUCGAAAAAUACGCGGGCGGUGAAUCUGUGUUCAUGAAUAAAAAAGUAAAAGUGUACAAAAUGCAAGUAAAAUUUAUUUUAAUACGACGGUUGAUAACAAUGCUCUUGUUAUAUUACGGAGAUAAGACAGUUUAUGAUAGUAGUUUCUAAUUAACCGGCAGUAGCUGCUAUGUAAAAAGAGAGUGAGAGAGUGUGUGUGUGUGAGAGAGAGAAGUUGAAGAUUUGACGGACACGAAAAAGCAGAAAAAGAUAAUAAUGACGAAAGCAACGAUCGUGAUGAUUACGCCGAUGCACACCUCUUACUGAAGUAUAUCGUCAUCUCGUCACCGUUCUCUUUUAUACUUCUUCGAUUCGCGUCCGUCAUUUGUUCGAUAUAUAGAGCUAUAUCGUAAGGUACAUCGCAUAUAAUAAUCUCGCAUGACAGUGCAAGAAAUUAACUAUGAGAGCUCCUGCGUCAAUAUCGAUCUACAUAAGAUAUAUGCAUAUGUAAAACAACCGUAGGUCAAGUGUCUCUACUGAUCGUCGGCAAUCGUCGGCAAUCGUCGGUGACCCAGAAGAGAUGGUUGAUCUUCCGGCGGUCGCGACGGAUACAGCACCCGGUGUCUUCUCUUUUCUUUUUUCCUAUUUUAGUUACCGCUCUCCGUUUUACAGUAAUAACGAGCAAUCGGUUUUUCUCUCACUCUUCUGAGCGUCCGUGCGUUCAUCGCGUGUUUCAGUUCUUCCUCUCUUCUUUUUUUUAAACUUCGUUUUGCUUGAAAAGAUAGAGUCAGGGAGGAAUCGGUUGUGAAUAAUGAUUAGUGACGUGAUCGAAAUCGCUCUAAAUUGAUAUCGGCAAUACGAAUGUGCCAGGUAUGACCGGUAAAUAAUAGAUAGAUAGUCACAAUAAAGGAUCGAUACUUAGCGAUUGUUUAGGAAUGCUAAGAUUGUAAAUAUUAAAGUGAGUAAGAAUAAAAAUAAUGUUUAAUAGAGAAAGAUUCUCGAUGCAUUGCGAUGCGCGUGUGCGUAUCGAUGACGGGGAUCGAUAUAUAGGAAAGGAAGAAAUAUAAUUGUCGCGAAUGAACGAAUGACAACUCCCGGAAUGUGGACGCGAUUCACUCGUGCUUACGAAUACUGCCACAUACGAAUCAAGUCAAGUGUCACGAUCACUCUAUCUUUUGGAGCAUGUUAUUACUGUCCAUUAUUAUGUCGAUUGGAGCGCAUGCAGGAUCCUAAUAGAUCGAUCCGACAAUUACUACAAAACUAUCGUACAAAACUGACCUAGAAUUAAGUGUGCCUUCAUCGAGACGUCUCAAUUCUCAGAUGACGUUUCUUUAGCGUGUAGAUUCGUCGUGCGACAACGAUGCGGACAAUCCGCUAAAAGAACAGCGAACAAUCGCAAUCCAUAAUAAUCCUCCUCAGAACCAUUUCAGAAUUUUUAUAGUGGAGUUCGUUAGAAAGAAAGACAAACGCGUUGAUACUUCCGCGCUCAAAAAACCUGCUCGUUCUCGUAAUCAAUUAAGAUUAUUAUAGGUUCUUCCAGAAUAUACACUAUCGACAUGACAUGAUGUACUUAUCGUGGUCAGCUACUAUAAUUUAUUUGACAAUCAGAAAAAAUUCCUUUGCAUCAUACACAGCGGCACAUUUGAGAACUUAAAUCGCGAACGUAAAUUCGCACAGCGAAAAAAGUCGUCCGAUCAUGACGACGAUCAUCGAUGUCGCGAUAUCUAUCGUAAUCGGACACACGGCUGAUUAUUCGGAGUGAUUUGGAACGACGAUUUAAUUUACUUUCUUCGAAGAUUGAAAACAUUGUGUUUGAUCAUGGAAGUUAUAUUUACAUGAUGAUGAAUUAAAUUUUCUUGCAUUGUACAUUAUUUAUCGGAAAGUAUACAUUUUCUAGCAUUAAAAUCGGUUUUCUUUUAUCCAUGGAAAAGUCAGUCGAUUAUCAUACGCUGAUCUUUUCGGUGUUGCAGGAUAUUAAAACGAUUUUUACUCUUUUCACUGUAAUGACGUUGCUUUAAUGUUUUCAAUUUCCAUUUAGACGCAAUCUAGAAUUUACUUUCUGGGGCUGCAAGGCGUUCAGACUUGCGUGAUGUAUGUAUAUUUUUUUUCAAUACUCGUGCAGAAUAUUGUGCACAUGCGCCUUGCAGUCAUAGCAAACACUUUUCAGAAAAGAUAUCAAAAUGCCUUGCGGUCCCUUUUUCGGAUAGCGUACGGGCGCUAUCCAAAGAAUCGCAAGACUAUAUACAUAAUGUCAAAUCAUUAUAUAUAUAUAUAUAUAUAUAAUGAUUUAACAUUGCGAUGUGUACUUUUUGCGCAUAUAUACACAGGAAAGUGUGGUUCGCGUGGUUGUGGUAGAUUCACGUAGUUUAAUAAAUAGUAUAAAAAAAUAGUCGUCGAAUCAGCAAGAAGAACGCCAUGUGAUAAUACACUGCGUGAAAAGCGCAAUCUAUCUGUUAUCUUAUAUUAUCGCACGAUGAAAAUAAUAAUCUGAAAAUAACACGUGAAAACAUUUUUGUAGUCUUCCGAAACGCGUUACCUUCACGUUUCGAAAAAAUGGUAUGUGACUCGUUUCGGGAAAGAAGUAUUACGUGUAUUGCAUGUAACAUGCGCGUAACUCAGAUCAUGAUUGUACAUCAAUAUUUAUUACAUUAUAUGAUUAUACCGCAGCCGCGCGAGCAGUUUCAUUCUCCGCGCAGAGACAAACAUAUCUACGCUCGAACGAUAAAACGAAGAUGCCAUUUGAAGAAGAUAUCAUUUGAUUGAUAAGAUGCCGAUUUGAAGUUUGACUCAUAUGCGUACAGGCAACGUACACACACACACACACAUACACACAUGGAGAGAGACAGAGAGGUACGUACACGCAUACAUAAAUAUUUCCUAUAUACAUCUCGAGAGCGAAAAAUGAACUGGUGCCAUAAUACCAACAUAAUUUAUAAGCGCUAGUAAUAAGAUAAUAAUUUAAGAUUAAUUACAAUUUACCGAUAUGUUAUUACUAAUCGCGUAUAGUCGUCUAGAUACGUACGCAUUGUUUUUUUUCUUCUCUUCUUCCCGUGAAGCAGAAUUUUCAUGUGAUUUGUUGCAAAAGAGACUCGCGCGUGCCUGAUUUUACAGCUAGAGAUUCAUUCAAAAUUUCUUUUAUGGCGUUCUCUGUGUGCAAGAGAGUUUGUCUCUUUGACUGAUAUGUACCGAGCGACAUGCAAUCACAGAGAAAUUUAUACAACAAGAGUGAGAAAAGAAGACGCAAGUCGGUUCCCUGACGGCAAUCGUUCGCGGAUCUCGUUGAUUUGGUGCGGACCGCGCGAGUGUCUGGAAUUAUUUAGGAUUAGUAUUAUUAUAAGAGAUCUUGUUCGUUUCAAAUAAAAUACAGUAUGUUGGAUAGUCUUUUAAAA